AUGGCUUGGCGACCUGCAGCUGUAAAUAAGGCUUCAAACAAAACCCAUGUUCUCCGACAACCAAAAUCUUCUUCGUCUUCUUCUUCCCCAACGCUUCAAAUCCUAGCCUUCGAGACAGCCAAAUGCAUGGUCCGCCUCGUUGCCCUUUACAAAUCUUUGUCGGACGAUGAAUUCCUUAAAUUUCGAAAAGAUGUCAUGAAAUCCCCAGGCGUCGCCACUUUGAACUCCGAUGACGAAACCUAUCUCUGUGGCCUUGCAUGCAGAGAGAUGCUCGAGAAUCUCGACCAGGCCGCCUCCGUCGUGUCGCUCCUGGGCAAAAAAUGCAUCGACCGGGAACUAAAUAAGUUCGACAUCGCGUAUCAUAACAUGAAACAGGGAAUCGUCGAUGCCCAACACCUCGAUUUCAACUCCAAACGUGUCGGUAAAAUCAUCGAGCAGAUGGAGAAAUACUCUAGCUAUACAUCUCUGUUGUAUGCAUCUUUGGUAGACCUCGAAGAAAUGGAAAUAUCAGAGAGAAAAAUGAAGAAAUGGAAGCGAAAUGGUACUAACCGCAACAACGUUAACUACUUCAACGAGGAAAUCUCUUUACGAAGAAAACAAAUUGCACAGUUCAGAAAAAUUUCUCUUUGGAACCAAACGUACGAUAAAAUCAUUGGGUUAAUGGCUCGAAUCGUAUGCGUCCUUUUCGUCCGAAUUUGCACCAUUUUUGAACCCUUUGAUACAACCCUUCCAUGCAUAACCAAUAGCCGAUAUCCCAUGAGACGUCUCUAUAACCCGAGCCCCAAAUCAAAUGAAGAUAAAGGCUCCGUUUUUCGACUUUCGGCCUUCACCAAUACUGAUAAACUAAUCACCAAAAACAAAAACAUCGAGGGAAAUGCUCGAGGGAACUACCGAAUGCUGAUCCAUUCGGCACCGGAGAACACCGUGGGAGCGGCGGGGCUUGCGCUUCGUUACGCGAACGUGAUCAUAAUGGCCGAAACGUACUUUUAUUCGACGUCAACGACGACGAUGAGUAAAGGCGCAAGGGAGUACAUGUUCGAGAUGUUACCGAUGAAUUUGAAGCAAACGCUGAGAGGGAAGCUUAAAAGCCAUUGGUGCAAAGAUGCAGAAGCAAGGGAAGGGCAGCAGGGUUUGGCACAGCGGUGGAAAGUGGCGUUGGAGGAGAUAUUAGGGUGGUUGGCUCCGAUGGCGCGUGAUACUUUGCGGUGGCAGCAGGAGAGGAACUUGGAGCAACGAAACUUGGAUGCGAAGCCCGCGGUUUUGAUGCUGCAAACGUUGUAUUUCUCGGAUUUGGAGAAAACGGAGGCUGCGAUUGUGGAAAUCUUGGUAGGGUUGAGUUGUAUAUGUGGAUAUGAGAAUAGGAGGAAGAAGGGUGGUGUUUGA